CUACAAAACCUACACAUCCUCCAAACAAGAGCAAAGAAAGCACAACGGAAGAGCGAGAGCAAAAGCAACAGCAACACCCCCAUUAAAAUUCCAUGGCCGUUGAAGCUAGGCAUCUUAAUCUCUUCACCCCUCAACUCUUACUAACCAGGGAGAUGAUGAACCCCAUUGAAGCACAUUCGAGCAUCUACAAUACCCAGAUGGGAUUCGGCGCUGCACCAUUGUUUGCGGAGACGGAGGCGCUGCUUCCGUUGUACGGUUCUAUGGUUACUGAUUCCAUCCCAACAAACAACACCACCGCUAUCAAAUCGGAAAGCACUCUAACCAACAAUAUUCCGGUCUCCAGAAAGCGGCCGCGAGAAUCCCUCAACCCCCUCCCCUCCUUCCCUUCUCCGCCGCUCUCCCAAUCCAACACCAAACCUUCCACCCCAUUCUCCUUUCUUGGCCAUGACAUCUCCCUCCAGAUCCAUCAACAACAAUUCGAUAUCGAUCGCCUCAUCUCCCAACAUAUGGAGAAAGUGAGGAUUGAGAUUGAGGAAAAGAGGAAGAGGCAAGCUCAGAGGAUAAUGGAGGGGAUAGAGGAAGGCGUGAUGAGGAAAAUUAGAGCCAAGGAAGAAGAAGUCGAGAAAAUCAGGAAACUCAAUUGGGCAUUAGAAGAAAGAGUCAAAUCCCUGUGCAUCGAGAACCAAAUUUGGAGAGAUUUAGCCCAGACCAACGAGGCCACCGCCAACGCCCUCCGCAACGACCUAGAACAAGUCCUCGCCGCGCAGGCAGUUAAGGGAGAGUGCAGUCGUGGGGCGGGGGUGGAGGAGGAGGUUGUCGACGACGCGGAAUCUUGCUGUGGCAACAGUUGGGAGGAGGAUCGAACAGAGGAAGGUGGAAGCAGGAUGUGCAGGAAUUGCAGUAAGAAGGAAUCGUGCGUGCUGCUUUUGCCAUGCAGGCAUUUGUGCUUGUGUGCUGGGUGUGGGUCGAGUCUUAACGUUUGCCCUAUCUGUAAAUCCACCAAGAAUGCUAGUGUUCAUGUUAACAUGUCUUAGGAACAAAAAAAUACACACAUCCAAAAAAAAAAAAUUCAGCAAUAGGUAAAAAUUCUGGAAUUUUUCAUCCCAAAUUUUUUAGUGUAGUAAUUCUGUUCAAUUCCACCUAAUUUUCUGGGUUUCUUUCUCCCCUCAAUUUGCUGAGAUUCCAUUUGGGUGUGGCAGUUUUUGACGAAACAAUACCAAAAGUGAAGCGUGGCACUAGGCAGCCUAUUUUUAAUAAUUAAUAAAUUUUUUU